AUGCCUGCGGAGUGGCUGAGUGGGCACUUGCAGGACAGGAAGCAGGUCGGCAGAGAUGACUCGAACUACACGGGCUCUCUUGAAGGGCAAAAUGAGCUGCUCCAGUUCUUGAAGGCCAUUCGCCCAGAAUGGUCUUUCCCGAAAAAGAAUGGCAAGAGCAAUGUGAGGAGUGUCAUGGACAAACUCAAGGCAGUUGGUGUGACGAGUGUUUGGGAGCUGUUUCGGGCAGUCAUGCGCAACACCAUCAACGAAGACCUGGCGCAAGCUGGGUACUCGGUCUUGAGCAAGGAAACGCUGGACCGUAUUCGGAAGAGGAUGAGCUUCUUCCGGCAGCUGGAUGUUCUGACGGAAACUGAUUGCCGUCAGACCGGAGCGUUUGCACCAGUGCCCCAGUUGCUUUCGCAGAAGAAGCUGGCCUACUGGAGUAAAGUGGCACCGUCCCAGAUCCACGAGGGCAAGAAGCUGGAUGACAGGUCAGCAUCUCCAGAGGGCAGAGCACGCUCUUCUCAAAGACGAACCAGAGCAGUGACCGACCCAACGAAUUCUAUCGGACCGACCAGCGUCACAAUGUCAAGUUUUGCGGCAUCCUUCUCAUCUCCCACGCUGGAAUCAAAAAGCGAGUCUAGACAGAUAUGGGCGGUCGAAGACCUGGAAAUGGAACGGCCGAAGCUGCGUGGUGUCAGGAAGCCGCUACAUGCUGGCAGAUCAUCGUCCAAAAGCCGUGAAGCCUUCGAGGUUUUCAGGCCACCCGACAGCGAAGGGGAAACACAGGAGCCCGAAAGAUGGGCUCUCAAGUCCUCUCUACGGCCCGCCGCAAAAACUUGGCAGGCUGGUGACCCGAAGUUCGCUGAUGUCGAAAAGGUGCCUAAAGUCGGCCUUCUUCGCCAAGUAAGCCAAAUGUCGAUUCCAGGGGAAGAUCAAUCGACUGCAUCGCUCCUGAUGCAAUCUCCUCCGACUGACAUGAGCCGCUUGCGAUUGGGAAGCGGCCAGGCUAGCAGUGUGGUGGUUGUCACCACUCCGGUCAACAGGACGAACAGUGUUUCUAUGGACCGAUCCAGCAGCUGUCAGCACUCCCAGGAUGCUGACACGCUUCUGUCGGCUGUGGAAAGACUCCACCAGGAGGCCGCGGCCAUGCAGGAUUUUCGUCCUCCGAGCUGGUCCGUCUUGCGUCGUCAUCCAGAUUCGCUCAUUGACAACGGCCAGGCGAUGCUGGAGGAGCAAGAAGCACUUCAUGAGAGGUCCAAGCUUUACAAGCUGAUGCAGCAAGAAGGCUUGUACUCGCCCAUGCGUCGUCACGUUGCUGAAAAUGUGCGUUCCCGACUCAAGGAGGAGAGUGACAAGGUGGCUGCGGAGGGGCUUGAGAUGCAGCACAAAUGUACAAAUAUCCGGAAGAAUCUGGGCCAGAUGAUGAACGCAAGGAGAGAUCUUGCAUCCCUACGGCGCGCCAUCGUCGGGAGAAACAUCGAUCCGGAUGAGCAGCUGAAGUCCGGCUUGCUCCUGAUGGGUUGA